AUGUUAAAACUCAUAAACCACCUACUAAACCCACUAACAGUGGUAAUCCCAAUUCUUUUAGCCGUAGCUUUCCUCACCCUCCUCGAACGAAAAGUAUUAGGAUACAUACAGCUCCGAAAAGGACCAAACAUUAUUGGCCCAGCCGGCCUCCUUCAGCCAAUUGCAGAUGGUGUCAAAUUAUUUAUUAAAGAACCACUACGACCAACAACUUCUUCCAUAACACUUUUCAUUGCAAUACCAACCCUCGCACUUUUACUCGCACUUCUCAUCUGAGCCCCCCUACCCAUGCCAAAGCCUCUCCUAGAACUUAACCUCGGACUGCUAAUAAUUCUGGCAAUUUCAAGCCUGUCCGUAUACUCCCUUCUAUGAUCAGGCUGGGCCUCCAAUUCAAAGUACGCACUAAUUGGCGCACUCCGCGCCGUAGCCCAAACAAUUUCAUACGAAGUAACCCUAGGCAUUAUUUUAUUAUCACUGAUUGCUCUAACAGGGGGCUUCACCAUACAAAUAUUUUUAAUCACACAAGAAUCAACCUGACUAAUUACCUGCUCGUGACCUCUGAUAAUAAUAUGAUACAUCUCAACCAUCGCAGAAACCAACCGUGCCCCAUUUGACCUUACAGAAGGUGAAUCUGAACUCGUAUCAGGAUUUAACGUUGAAUACGCAGCUGGACCAUUCGCACUAUUCUUUCUAGCCGAAUACGCAAACAUUAUUAUAAUAAACACCCUAACAUGCAUUAUAUUUCUUUGCCCAAAUAGCACAUCAGAACUAUUUACCACCAACCUUGCAACCAAAAUACUACUACUUACACUCGGGUUCCUAUGAACCCGUGCCUCAUACCCACGAUUUCGCUACGACCAACUAAUGCACCUCCUAUGGAAAAACUUUCUUCCACUUACUCUUGCUCUAUGCUUAUGACACAUUUCAGCCCCUAUUGCCCUAUCAGGCAUCCCACCACUUACCUAA